CACGCUACGGAGUAAAUCUUGGUGAAGAAGCACCAUAGCAAUUCAAUUCCGCAUCCACAUCCGCGCAACUCACCCCCAUGAAAUCCUCAUGCACCGGGGGUUCAGGGACAGGACGCUGCAGCAACGGGGCCGAACCUAUUCCUUCUUUUCCUUUUACACGCCUCUUUCCUCACCUCCACCACCCUUCCGGCUUCACCGUGCUACAUUACGUAUCGUCCGUCACAACGACUCCUUCGCCCAUCGCCUCGGGAGCACUGCUCCUUGCCUCGAAUUUUGCGCUCCAACGUGAACUCAUCCCCCGCUUCCGAUCGCUCAGUAUGGAUGGCAGUGUCGAGAAUGCGGUCCAGCGUCCCUCUGGCCUGCGCCCUCCGACUAGAAUCGGCGCAUUGAACGACAUAUCAGAAUCGCAAAACAACGCACGCGCUAAGAACACCAUGUUGCCUUUGGCAGGACAUUCCAACCUCAAGCGACAAACAAAAGAUGAUUCUCUCCCCCAACAACCAGAGUCAAAACAACGAAAGACCUUGGCUGAGAGGGCCGCCGAAUUCGGUGUCAAGUCAAAUGUCGCCGCUACCCCGGCCCCUCGACACGUUAAAGCCUCGUCGAUUGCUAGCCUAGCUGCAAACCGCCUACCUUCAGCCACCCCCGCUGUGAACAGGCAACCUACCAGAAACAACUUUGGAACCAGUGUCGGACCAGGUGCUCGCCCACCAUCGGCUGCCGGCAGGUCACAGACUUUCGCCAGAUCAGUCAACGGAGGUCCACGAGGAACUGUCCGCCCGCGCCCAGCGACAGCAUUCGGUAGUUAUGCCGCAGUCGACGAGGACGAUCCACCCAGGCAAAAUGGAUGGGAUGUGGACGAAAGGUUGCAAAAGGUCGAAUCACAAUGGCAAGAAAUGCAGAGUGUGAUGAAGGAAACAGUUUCCGAGAAGAAAUCCAUGGAGCACGAAAUCGAGUCUGCCAACAAAAGAGCAAAUGCUCUGGAAAACGAGCUUCUCGGCCUGCGCCAGCAGGUCCAAACACUAACUUUAGAUCUCGAGUCUGAACGGAGGACACACAAGUACGAUUUAGAGGACAAGAUUAGGGAACACCGAAACGAACUGGACAAUCUCCGACGGCAACUACGCGACGAAGUUGAACGGGCCGAGCGUGGCGAGCGAGAGGCUCGCGAGGCUGCCGAAAGGCAGAAGGAGCAGUUUGCCAUCGAACAAGCUCGAAUGGCAGAAGACCGUGAACAGAUGCGCGUCAUGGGUCGCGCUUUACAAGAAAAGGACACGGAAAUCGACAGUCUGCGAGCGAUGUUUGAAAGGUUACGAAUCGACCUGGACAGGGAGAGAGAGGACAUGCGCGCGCAGCUUGGUUCGAAAGAGCAAGAAGCCGGCCGACUGUUGCGCGAAAAGGAACGGGAAAAUGACGACAUGCGGUCCCAGGUAGAACGCCUGAAAGGUGACCUCGAUCGCGAGAUGACUCUCAAGGAAGGCGUGCAGAGGGCAGCUGUUGAGAUGCAGACGGCCAACUUGGGUCUCGAGGCUCAGAUUCAACAACUACAAGGGAAAAUCCGCUUCUUGGAGUCCAGCAACCAGCAGCAGGCAGACUCGUACACCGAGAUGGAAUCCAAACUACAGGAAGCUCUCCAGGCGGCAGAUGAAGCCAAGCAGAAGUUGAUCAAGGAAGAGACAGAGAGGAGAGUCCUGUUCAACAAGUAUCAAGAGCUCAAGGGUAACAUCCGCGUCAUGUGUCGUGUGAGGCCGGUACUCGAUAGGUCAGAAGGCGAAGAGGCUGGCUUGGCCUUCCCCGACUCCAAAACCUCUGCGCAGAUUGACGUCCAGACCGAGGAGCGGAGCGCGACAGGCACAGUAACCCGACGCGUCAUGCCUUUCGAAUUCGAUAGGGUGUUUGCGCCCAACGUGCAGAACGAGGAGGUAUUUGGCGAAAUAUCGCAACUCGUUCAGAGCGCGCUGGAUGGUUUCAACGUGUGCAUCUUUUGCUACGGCCAGACCGGGUCGGGUAAGACGUACACAAUGUCUAGCCCUGACGGCAUGAUACCUCGGGCGACAAAUAUGAUCUACGAGACAAUCGAGCAGCUCAAGCAAAAAUCGUGGACUUACACGAUGGAGGGUAGCUUCGUUGAGGUGUACAACGAGGAGCUUCAUGACUUGCUGGCUUCAGAGCGCGAGAGAAGGAAGUUGACGAUCCAGCACGACGAGGUCCGGAAACAGACGACGGUUGUUAACUGCAAAACCGUUCACCUGGACCGGCCGGAGAAGGUCGAGACCAUGCUGCGCCAGGCACAGGGCAACCGUUCAGUAGCUGCCACCAAGGCCAACGAGCGGUCAUCGAGGUCUCACUCGGUGUUUAUGCUCAAGCUGGUCGGCACCAACUCGGCGACGGGCGAGCGGUGCGAGGGCACACUGAACUUGGUCGAUUUGGCCGGUUCGGAGCGACUCAAGCACUCGCAGGCCGAGGGCGAUCGGAUGCGCGAGACGCAGAGCAUCAACAAGUCGCUUUCUUGCCUCGGAGAUGUUAUCGAGGCGCUUGGCCGCAAGGGCAGCUCCUCCCCAGGGGCCCACGUACCUUAUCGCAACUCGAAGCUGACGCAUCUUUUGCAGUUCUCGCUUGGCGGGAACAGCAAGACGUUGAUGUUUGUCAUGGUGAGCCCGCUUGAGGCGCACCUGAAGGAGACGGUGACGAGUUUGAGGUUUGCUACCAAGGUGCACAACACGCAUAUUGGCACGGCCAAGUCAACCAAGAAGCUUACACAGUAGAGAGGCUGGUCAAGUUGAUGGCAGUUUCCACGUGUUGGGGUGAACCUUGGUGUCGAGGUCGCAUCAAACGUUUGACGAGCCCACAAUUGGUUUCUUGAUGAGCACUGGAUCCUCCCGAUCCAUGUGGACUGCAUGCAAAUCAAUCGGCCAAGUCCCCGCCUUUUCAAUCCUUCCUACAUUACGACAUUUUUUGGGGGAGUUUGGCCUGGCACUAUUUUUGUCGUUUUUUUAUUUUUUUAUUACUUUUCUGUUGGAUCAACAACGAAAAGACAGCCGGGAAAAUGAUCACCGGGUUUCUGAUAUUUUUUGUCACGGAUUAGCAUGCGUGUUGUCUUUUUUUUUACAGGGGGCGUUUUCCCAACGUUGUCAACGUUGUCAACUUUCGGUUCGUUUUUCUUCUGAUGGUGGUCCCUCUGCGCCUAGGGAACUGCAUGACUUGUACAUUUUGCGAGGGGAUUCUUGAAGGAAGCGGCAAAAAUGGGCAUUUAUGAUAAUGUAUAUGUGCAAGGCGAUAAAAAGUUUUGUGUUAAUUCCUACGAGGUUCAAAAACCCCAACUUUGUG